UUCCCUUUUCCCACCAAAUUAACCUUCCGCUCCGCCGAUCUUCACCGUACCCGAUCUGAUGCUUCACCGCAUCCUUCUCCUCAUCUCCGUCUAGAGCCUUCCCGGUGGUUUCUAGAUCUACUGAGUUGCAGAAUUGUCUGCUUUUCCUUCUCCCCGGAGCUUCUGGGAGGUCAGAGUUCGGAGAUGGAGUCUAUAAUAGCGCGAGCUCUGGAGUACACGCUCAAGUAUUGGCUCAAGUCGUUCAGUAGAGAUCAGUUUAAGUUGCAGGGGCGCACCGCGCAGCUUUCUAAUUUAGAUUUAAAUGGAGAUGCUUUGCAUGCUAGUGUGGGACUACCGCCGGCAUUGAAUGUUACCACUGCAAAAGUCGGAAAAUUGGAGAUUAUUCUUCCAUCAGUAAGCAAUGUGCAAAUAGAGCCAAUAGUCGUCCAAAUUGAUAAGCUUGAUAUUGUUCUGGAGGAGAAUGAUGAUGUUGAUGUACAGAAGAGCUCUAGUAGUGCUUCAUCAUUCACUAGCUCCACGAAGAGCAGUGGCUAUGGUUUAGCCGACAAGAUUGCUGAUGGAAUGACUCUAGAAGUGCAUACAGUUAACCUCCUACUUGAAACUCACGGUGGUGCUCGACGUCGAGGAGGAGCAACUUGGGCAUCACCUAUGGCAUCAAUUACCAUAAGAAACCUUCUGCUAUAUACUACAAACGAGAAUUGGCAGGUGGUAAAUCUCAAGGAAGCCAGGGACUUCUCCAAUAACAAGAACUUCAUAUAUGUGUUCAAGCAACUGAAAUGGGACUAUCUGUCAAUUGACCUGUUACCACAUCCUGAUAUGUUCUCGGAUGCUCAUUUUGGUUCUUCCCAUGGGGAAUCUAAUAGUAAAGAUGAAGAUGGAGCAAAACGCGUAUUUUUUGGUGGAGAGAGAUUUGUUGAAGGAAUAUCAGGAGAGGCGAAUAUCACCAUCCAAAGGACUGAACUAAAUAAUCCAUUGGGGCUUGAGGUUCAGUUACACAUUACUGAAGCCGUUGUUCCAGCUCUAAGUGAGCCAGGACUAAGAGCUCUUCUUCGGUUCAUGACGGGCUUAUAUGUCUGUUUAAACAGAGGAGACGUGAAUCCAAAUGCCCAGCAGCAUUCUAGUGAAGCAGCUGGACGGUCACUGGUCUCAUUUGUUGUAGAUCACAUAUUUUUGUGUAUAAAGGAUACUGACUUCCAGCUUGAACUUUUGAUGCAAUCGUUAUUCUUUUCCCGGGCUAGUCUCUCCGAUGGUGAAAAUGCCAAAUUCUUGAGUACAGUUAUGAUAGGUGGACUGUUUCUAAGGGACACAUUUUCACACCCACCAUGCACCUUAGUGCAGCCACCGAUGCAGGCUACUCUGGAAAAUAUGCUGCCCAUUCCAGAUUUUGGUAAAAAUUUUCUUCCUCCAAUAUAUCCUCUUGGAGAACAACAGUGGCAGUUUGGUGGCAGCAUUCCUUUAAUAUCUCUCCAUUCUCUUCAGCUAAAGCCCAACCCUUCCCCACCUGUUUUUGCUUCCCAAACUGUCAUUCAUUGUCAGCCUCUCAUGAUUCAUCUUCAGGAAGUAUCCUGUUUGAGGAUAGCUUCCCUUAUAGCUGAUGGAAUUGUAGUCAAUCCUGGUGCUGUAUUACCAGAUUUCUCAGUUGGCUCCCUCAUGUUCAAUCUUAAAGGAUUGGAUAUCGCAGUUCCCUUAGACAUCGGAAAUCAAACCUACAAUGACAUAGAAAACACAACUUCUUGUCAGAGUUCAUUUUCUGGGACCAGACUCCUUAUUGAAGACUUGUUCUUCUCCGAGUCACCUUCAUUAAAACUAAGGCUACUAAACCUUGAGAAGGACCCAGCAUGCUUCUGUCUUUGGGAAGGACAACCCAUUGAUGCCAGCCAGAAGAAAUGGACAGCUGGUGCUUCUGUCAUUAGUUUGUCUCUAGAAACCGGUAAUGACUCAACCGGAGUUCAAAGUUCUUUUUCGAGGUCUUCAGAUUUAUGGAGAUGUGUUGAAUUGAAAGGUGCCUGCCUUGAGGUCGCAAUGGCCACUGCAGAUGGAAGUCCUUUAACAGAUGUGCCACCUCCAGGUGGUAUUGUCAGAAUAGGAGUUGCUUGUCAGCAGUUUAUGUCCAACACUUCAGCUGAGCAAUUAUUUUUUGUCCUCGACCGUUAUGCAUAUUUUGGGAGGGUCGGUGAAAGGCUAGCAACAGUUGCACAGAACAACCCACUGAAGGAUAUGAGAAAUGAAUCUUUGGGUGAGACAUUAGCAGAGAAAGUACCUGGUGAUACUGGUGUGUGUUUGACUGUGAAGAACCUGCAGUUAAGCUUUUUGGAAUCUUCUUCUCUGAACAAUCAUGGAACACCAUUGGUUCAAUUUUUGGGAAAUGACCUAUUCAUUAAAGUUACUCAUAGAACCUUGGGUGGUGCUGUUGCCAUUUCAUCCAGUUUAUUGUGGGAGAGUGUUCAGGUGGAUUGCACAGACACUACACCUAGCUUGGCAAAUGAAAAUGGGCUGGCCUUGACUGCUAAUCAAAAUGGUUCUCUGGAUAGGGAUGGAAGCCAGCUUAGGGCUGUUUUUUGGGUGCACAAUAGUAAGACUCAUCAAUCAAAUGGCAACGUUAAGUCAGUUCCACUUUUGGAUAUAAACAUUGUGCAUGUGAUACCGCUUAACAUGCAAGAUACAGAGUGUCAUAGUAUAAAUAUCUCAGCUUGUAUUGCUGGAGUUCGACUUGGAGGAGGAAUGAAUUAUGCUGAAGCUUUGCUUCACAGGUUUGGGAUUCUUGGGCCAGAUGGAGGUCCAGGAGAAGGGCUUACUAAAGGGUUAGAGCAUUUGUCUGCUGGGCCUUUAUCAAAACUUUUCAAGGCAACACCUCUAAUUGCAGAUGAGCUUAAAGAGAAUGGAAGCUUAGGCAAUGGAAAGGACAAUGGUAUCCUGCAGUUUGGCACUCCUGAUGAUGUGGAUGUAUCAAUAGAGUUGAAAGAUUGGUUAUUUGCUCUUGAAGGUGCACAGGAGGCGGCUGAGAGAUGGUGGUUCUGCAAUAAUGAAGAUUCUUCCAGAGAAGAGAGGUGCUGGCACACUACUUUCCACAGCAUUGGCAUUAAAGCAAAAGGCAGUCCUAAGCAAAUUACAAAUGGCAAUACAAGGCUUCAUGGAAAACUGAAACAUCCCAUCGAGUUGGUUACUGUUGGUGUGGAAGGCUUGAAAAUCUUAAAGCCACAUAUUCAAAAGGUUCCUAAACAAGGUGAUGCUCUGGAUAGAGUGCUCAAACAAACUUCUGAGACAUAUGCUGGUGUAAACCUUGAAGUUGACAUAGUUAGCUCAGAAGAGGAGAUUGAUGAUGGAAUGGCAAAGUGGGUGGUGGAGAACUUGAAAUUCUCAGUGAAACAGCCGAUUGAAGCAGUUGUGACAAAGGAUGAGCUGCAAUAUCUAGCUUUCUUGUGCCAGUCUGAAAUUGAUUCUAUGGGCAGGAUAGCUGCUGGUAUCCUACGGGUACUUAAAUUAGAAGGUUCAAUUGGCCAAGCAGCAAUUAGUCAACUAAGUAAUUUGGGAAGUGAUGGAUUUGAGAGAAUAUUCAGCCCUGAAAAGCUCACCAAGAGCAGUAGUAGUAUUAGUUGUACUGGACACAGUCCAUCCUCAAACAGAAGAUGUGGGAACCGAAAUUCUAGUUUGGAUGCUACGGUAGUUUCUCUUGAAGAGUCAUUAUCGGAAACACAGGCUAGGUGCGCAGCGCUUGGGGAGGGGCUACAUAGUUUAGAAACUUCAGCAGAGCAGCUCGAGAAUUUUAAACAACUGGCUCAGAAACUAGAGAGCAUGCAGAAAUUGUUGCUGCAACUGAGGACUCAAAUCUAAUACUUAUGAUAAAUAUAUGUACAAUUUUGGGAUACAACAAAUCUCCUUAUCAUAUAUAGAGCAAGUCAAGCAUUUUUUAUUCAAUACAAAUGUAUAGAUGAAUUGAACUUAUAUGUUGUGUAAGCAAUUUUAUAGUUCUGCGAAAGUUUUGUAUUGCUGAAAUUACAGUACUUGUUGAGAAUCAAUUCUGUUGAAAAUUCAUGCUGUUUUGCUA